CACUCUCUCUUCUGUCUUCUCUCAUCUCCCCCAAUACUCGCUCUCUGUUCCUCUCUCUCUCUCUCUCUCUCUCUUCUCUCUAUCUCCCAUCCCCCACGAGACUCCCAGAGACAAGGAAAGACACUAGACGAUGGACGCUCCAGAUCCACUCUCCAAAUCCAAUCCCAAUGUACCGCCAUCGCCCUCCAGCAGUCACCACCAUCCUCCUCCGUCGCCGGCACCCGCCGCAAACUCCAAUUCCUCCCCAAUCUUCAAUGAGCGUCCUAUUGCUCCGCCCGCGAGCGGGCCCCACCACCGGAGGGCUCUCUCCGAGAUGAGCUUCCGCUUCCCGGACGACAUGACCAUGAUGAUGAUGGAUCUGUCCCCCACCGAUCCAAUGAACCCCGCCGGAGGCGGCGGCGGCGGCAUGGGCAGUGCCGGCGGAUCUUCGACUUGUAGCCUCGACGAGAUCGGAUCCGAGGACGACCUCUUCUCCACCUACAUUGACGUUGACAAGCUGACCGGCGGCGGAAGUGGCGGCGGUGCCAAUGGAGUUGGCAAUUGUACGGAUCAGAGCAACGGAGGGGGAGGUGAGAAAGGAGCUUCGAACCGGUCGAUUACGAAGCACCGCCACAGCAACUCAGUGGACGGCAGUGGUGUGUUUGGAGAGAUAAUGGAUGCUAAGAAGGCUAUGCCUCCUGAUAAGCUGGCUGAGCUCUGGAACCUUGAUCCCAAACGAGCUAAGAGGAUACUUGCAAACAGACAAUCUGCUGCUCGCUCAAAAGAGAGAAAGGCGCGUUACAUAAUAGAACUAGAACGCAAAGUUCAGACUCUUCAAACAGAAGCCACCACUCUCUCUGCUCAGCUCACUCUGUUCCAGAGGGACACAUCGGGUCUGAGUACAGAAAACACAGAGCUUAAGCUUCGAUUACAAGCUAUGGAACAACAGGCUCACUUGCGCGAUGCUUUGAAUGACGCACUGAAGAAGGAAGUCGAGAGGCUAAAAGUCGCCACUGGAGAAGCCACCAGUCACUCCGAAUCAUUCAACAUGGGAAUGCAUCAAAUGUCUUACACGCCAUCGAACUUCUUCCCAAUGCCUCGGCAGCCUGACCAUCCUAACAUGCAAUUAUCACCCUUCUCUCAGCGACAUCAUCAAACCAAUUCCCACCAUCUCUCUGAUGCUAUGCAAAACGACUCUCUGGCUCGAUUUCAAGGGCUCGACAUCAGUAGCAAAGGAAUACAGCUGAACCACAUCAUCAAGUCUGAAGGCUCCACGAUAUCUGCGAGUGAAGGUAGCUCUACAUUUUGAUGGAAGCGCAGACUUGGCUGCUGACUAUCUCUCUGACUUGUUGUUGCUGCCUCUCCUGGCAUUUUGCCUGUGUGGUAAGAUCAUUGUUUAUAGACUGACCUCCAGUCGAUUAGCAAACAGGGUAAAUUUUCGAUUUCCAUAGUCAAAAAAAUUCAUAUUCAUUUUGAUUGGUUGUGUGGAGGACGAAUUCCGAAAAUUAGUUUAUUCUUGGGGUUCGAUGGGGAGAGCUCAUGGUGUUGUUUAUUCGAGUCUGUAGCAGUUGUAAUGGUGGAAUUUUGUUUUGUAUCCAUUGAGGAUGAUGAUAGGAAGAAGGGAGGUUAUGGGGAUGAAAGGUCAUAACUCAUAACCCAAUUAGGAGUAGGUGAUUUGAGAUGCUACUAAUAUGAACUUGUCUCUGAUUCUUUUUUUGUAUCUCUCUGUAGACUAAACUGAGUCAUGUGUUUCAUUUCCAUGAUUGAUUUGGGAUGGUCCCAUCUUCUGUCUGUUAGUGUGUUAGUCUAUAGAUCUAUUUCAGAAUCCAGAACUUGUUUGCCUUGUGUUUUGUUCAUUUGCAACUUGCAUGUGCAAAUGUCCC